GAAACUCAAAUGUGUAGAUAAAAAUGUGAAGUUCUGUGUUUUGUGUUUUAUGUAAUUUUACGUUGUAUGUUGUUUUCAGAUGUUGUUAGCAGAGCUGUCUUAAGAGUCAAGAUGCCACCGAAGAAACCAAAAAGUGCAGGCAAGAAGAAACCAAAGGGCCAGAAGGCACCGUCACCUCCUCCUAUAGAACUGCCUGAUCACCCUGAGGAAAUCUUCCCUGUGGUCCUGACAUCGGUGACUCAGGAGCUCUUUGCUUGCAUCGCAGAUGAGGACGUAACAAGCGAGAGUCCUUACAAGCUGCUGAAAAAGGCCGACAUCAUAGAGGACAUGAAGACAAGAGCUGCAGUAUCUGAUUUCAGCCCUGCGAAGCAGAAAGUGCUGGACUACCCAGAAGAUGAGAUCUUGCUGGUUUUUGACAGAGACUUCGUUUAUGGCACGUGCUUCUACCUGGUUGUGACACUAGAAGCUAAGGAACUCCUCAUCACUCCCCCACAGCCUGAAGAGGAACCAGUAGAGAUUGAACGUGAAGUCAGUAAAACCCCAGAGCUGAAGGAAUGGAUAUCACUUGGCAGUGAGGUGGAAAUAGAAAAUGAAUCCGUCAGAGAGACCAGAGAAAAGCUGGGCUUCAUGCUCAGAGUGCAGAGAAAGGCUCGAGCACCAGUCUGUUUUUCCGACCGCAACGCAUCAGAUGAUAAGCACGGCAACCUGGGGUGUCCUUCGUAUGAAGACAGCAGAUUCAGCAUCAAGUGGAUACAGAGAGACUGUGGGAUACAGGCUGCUCCCACCGUGCAGAGCAGCAGUGCCCAGACACAGUGGAAGUGUCGGAAGAAUAUGUGCUCCCAGUACAAGCCGAGAGAGUUCAGUGAAGAAGAAAAAGACAAUAUCCUCCAAAGUGAGAGAAUGAAGGAGUUUUGCAACUCAGUGGUUCUCAGGAUGUUAGUAGCCCUUCAGCAGGAAGAGAUUAUGAAUGUGUUCCAUGAUGACUGGAAGGCUCUGGGGACCAGCCCUGAAGACGGUGACUGCUCUGGGAAGGAUUGUGCAGAGUUGAUGCUUUAUCAGUCCUUCACGGACCAGAAGUACUCAAAGGACAGAAAAAUCAGCUGCAUCAACUGGCACCCGACUAUCUAUGGUGUGAUAGCUGUGGCGUUUACAGAGAAAAAGGAGCAGCGGCCUAAAGAGUUGACUUCGCCUGAUGUCAGACCUUCUCACAUUGUCUUCUUUUGCUUCUCUAAUCCCUAUGAACCCCAGUUGCUGCUGGAGUGCCCAGAUGACAUUUACUCCUUUCAGUUCUGCCCCUCGGAUUCAAAUAUUAUUGUUGGCGGCUGCAGGAAUGGCCAGGUUGUAUUAUGGGACAUUUCUGGUCACGUCACGCACUUACAGAGAGCACAGUCAAGUGGGAAAAAGGUCUCCGCCAACACUGACACCUUCGAACUCGACGACAACAAAGAGAGUAAGACUCCUGUCGUGCGCCUCUGUGCAGUGUCUGCUGUGGAGAGCAGCCACAAAGCACCAAUCACUGAUGUGCAGUGGCUGCCACCAACGUUUGAGGUGACCAGGAUGGGGAUACCAGUGGAGAACAAGUAUAAAACCUCCGUUCAGGUCGUCACCUGCUCUCCUGACUGCUCUAUAAUGUUCUGGGACGUGCGACUUCCAAAACUGUUGAACCAGCCAGCGUCAGUCAGGAAGCAGUCUCCGGAUCAGAAGGCCGAGAUGACUCCCUUCAGUGUCCCUGACACUUUCAAACACCUGGACCGCACAUGGAAACCACUAUGCAGGGUUUUGCUGCCAAAUAUCAAGACCAGCGGAGAAUACGCUCCUUUGAAAUUCAACUUCCAAAACUACACCUGCAAUGAAAACACAGACAGAAUCCCAGAAGAAGCUGAUGAAGAUGAUGAGAGCUCAGAGAUCCCCCGAGACUUCAGCCAGCUCAGACUGCCCUCGGACAAAAAUCUCACAACUCUGGAAGAUGUCAACACCAAGCUCUAUAUUGGAACAGAGGAUGGCGAGAUUGUUUACAUUGACUGGAAACUGGAGAAAGACGAGUCUGGACGGCUGCAUAGUACCAAGCCCCUCAACUGUUUCAGCGUCCAUAGCUGGUUGGUAAACACGUUACCUCGGUCGCCCUUCUUCAAAGACGUUAUUUUGACUACAGGAGGCUGGAAGUUUGCCAUCUGGCAGGAGGGAGUCAUGGACGGCCCCAUCAUCGUGUCCCCAAGCUCCGAGCGGGCGUGCACUGUGGGAUGCUGGUCCCUCACCCGACCAGCAGUGUUUUUCAUCGGGAAAGACGACGGCAGCAUUGAGGUGUGGAACCUGCUGGAAAAGGCCAGUGAGCCUAUACAGGUCCACGCACAUGUCACCACCGCCAAGAUCACCUCCAUCACACCCUGGAUCGCCUCCCCCAAGCAGCACUUCCUGGCUGUGACUGACGAGCUUGGAGUGAUUCAUGUUUUUGAAAUCCCAAAGAAACUCUGCACUCCCUCCAAGAACGAGAGUUUGAAUUUGAAGAUAUACUUUGAGCUGGAGAAAACAAGGCUGGAAGAUUAUUUGAGGAGGGAGGCGUUGUGGGAAACGGAGCAGAAGGAGGCUAAAGAGCUCACAAACCAAAUGCCACCGAAGCCCCUGCAGAAGGCCGACGACACACACUUGAAGGAGUACAAGGAAUACCUGGUUCUGGAGGAAAGCAUCAUGAAGGCAGACACACAGGAGGCCUAAUAUCACAUCCGGUCACACACACACACAUGCACACAUAUUGUUAAGACAAUGCAUUGACAUCCAUUCAUUGUGGACGACCAAAAUCUCACCGGUAACCUUAACUAGGACAUUGAUGUUUUGCCUCAUAAGGACCCGACUUUGGUUCCCAUGCGAUCUAUUGGUCCUGACAAGGUCAGUGUUGAUACUGGAAAGGGUCCUAAAGAGGCAACAAAAAUGAGUACACACACACACACAGAGAUACACACACACACACAGAUGGCGCAGGCUCGUGAAGACCUUGGGGAGGUUCAGAUAAAAUUACAAACUGUUGGGAGCUUUGAAAUUAGAAAAUGAAAAGCAGAGGGACAUUCCACAGCAUCGCCCUGGUCACCUGAUCUGUUAUGAGGUCAAGGGUCAACUAAUGAAC